UCAAAUGAAAGAUUUGAUGGAGCAAUUAGGAAUCAGUGAAUUUCUGCAAGGAGAAGAGUGUUCUAAAAGUCAGACAUUAUUGUCAUCAUUGAUAAAUGGAUGGGAAAAUGAAUGUAAAAUACCGAUGUCGAUGCUGCCUACCAAUCCAGGAUUUGUUACGUGUAAAAUACGGGAAUCCUGUACAUCUUUAGAAUGUUGUUUAAUCGUUGAAAAACUUGGAAGAUCCUUUCAGCUAUUUAUAGAAAUUAAACCAUGCCUUUUUCAACUGAGAUUAGGUAUAGAAGAGAUGACCUUUAGUAUGCUUUUAUUUGACUUUGAAUGGGGACAACCAGUCGAGGCCUGGCUGUUUGGUCUUGUGAGAAUGAAAUUUACCUUAACUGACUUAAGUGCGGAAAAUCAGUAUUUGUUUGACUUUUCUCUAAGUGUAUGUCUAGAAGCUGCGAAAAAAGAACCAUGCUAUAUUGUUGUUAAUAUCCUUGAAAAAUACAGACUUCAAAAACCAAAUUGUGAUUGGAAUACUAAAGUUUCAGUAUCAAAUUUUUCUUAUACUGAAUGGUUGAGAGCAAAUAUGGUUACGACAACUAAAACCCUUGCACCAUACCUGACAUCUAAACUGUUAUUUGACAUGAGGAUUGCUGCCUAUUUGAAGGACACCACUUGUCAUUUUAACAUUCACAUGUCAAAUAAAACGAACAAUGGAUGGACCAAUGGUAAUAUUUAUUUUAAUAUAAAUUGUGAACCGCCAUUUGAUUCCAGUUCUAACAUCGAUAAUAGUUGA